GACGCGCGGCGGGCGGGCGGAAGGGGCGGCCCGGGCGCGGCGGCGAUGGCGGCGGCCGGGCCGGAGCGGCCGCGGCUGUGGCAGGAGGCGGCGGCGCUGGCGGGCGCGGUGCGCGGCGCGCUGGGGCCGCGGGGCGGGCGGGCGCUGCUGCUGCGGCCCACGGGCGAGGCGAUGCCGACGCGGGACGGGCGGCGGCUGCUGGAGGCGCUGAGCGUGGAGCCGCCCGCGGCCAGGGUGAUGGCGGCCCGCGCCUGCAGCCACCGCGCCGCGACGGGGGACGGCGCCAAGAGCUUCGUGGUGCUGCUGGCGGCCGUGCUGGGCGGGCUGCGGGCGGUGGGCGGCGGCGCCGGGCUGCGGCGGGCGCUGCGCGACUUCGAGACGCAAGUGCUGGAGCGGGCGGCGGCGCGGGAGCUGCGGCGGCACCUGAGGCCGGCGCCGCCCGGGUCGCUGGAGCCGCUGCUGGAGCCGUACCUGGCCGGCCGGCUGGGCCCCGGCGAGCGGCGGCGCCUGGCGCGGCUCUGCGCUGAGAUGUGCCGGCGCUGCGCCCCGGCCAACGCCGCACGCCCGCAGGUGCUGCGGCUCCUCGGCCGCUGGUUCGCGGAGCUGCACGCCGCCGUGCCCGGCCUGCCCCUAGCGAGCUCCAGGGUCCUGCCCGGCAUCGUCCUCCGCAGGGACUUCGCUGCCUACUGCCCGACGGACGGGGAGCUGCGGGCCCUGCUCGUCACCGAGCCCCUGCGGCCCGCCCUGACGGCCCCCGGUGUGGAGUUUGUUGUAGACUCCGAAGGUCAGUAUCAGGCUUCCCUGCGCUGGAUCACUAAGAGGACAGAAGCCUUAAUGAAACACUUGCAGAGUAACAACGUUAAGCUGUUACUGUCGAGUGUGAAGCAAGAAGACAUAGUUAUCUACUAUGCCAAAUUAUAUGGUGUGUCUGUGGUAGAGUGCUUAUCGUCAGAAGAAACGGCCCUUAUCAGUGAAAUCACUGGUGUUUCCCCUUACGUGCCUUUUGGUGAUAACAUGGACAGAGAAAUAACCGAAACUGCUGUGGUAACGUUUUGCCAGCCCUUACUGCUCGUCUCCAAGAGAUGCGUCCACAUUGGUUUCGCCAGUGUGUGUGCCUUCCAGCCCCACUGCCUGAUCCUGUGUGGGCCGGUCGAUGGCGUUAAUGAGCAACAUGCUGCUGCUUUACAAGAGGCGUUUACAAUGCUGCAGCAGCUGUUUAAAACAGUUGAUCACAGGGAGGAAUGGAAAGCAGAAGGUGAAAGCCAGAGUAAAGCCUCAGAUGUUUACACUUGGCAUUCUUCAGCUACUCAGAAACAACUGGUAAUAGAAAAUACUUGUAGUACUAACCAGGUUUCUGAGUGUCAGCUGAAAGCACUUAGUGACAAAACAGAGAGGAAAAGUUUCGACCCUGAUAAAAGUGAUCUGCUGGUCCACAGUCAAAAGAACCACAGCACUCCUGUGUUAGAGGCACAUAACACUGAUAGAGUCACUGUGUGUGAGUGCCUGGAUGUUGGCAAAGGUCUAGAGAAAACAUGUUGCCAUAUAGUUCCAUUUAAACAGGAGGAGAGUUGUGCAGGUAUUGCACAGGAUUACUCCAACUGCCUCAUAGAAGCUGGAUCAGUUUUGCCAGUAGGAGGUUACUUUGAAAUUCUGUUACAUUAUUAUAUUCAGCAUUAUGCAAAGCAGUGUCAGCAGUCAGAAGUAGCCAUUGUAUCUAAUGUGGUUGCUGAUGCUUUGCUAAGUAUUCCCAAGGCCUUGUACCAGACAGCAGAGCGAGAUGGCUUUACCAAAUUCUAUCUUGAAGCCAUUGAUUUACUCCGAAAAAAUCAGCCACUGCCUGUGAACGGUGAAGGCUUAGAGUCAGUGUAUUGCAAAUACCAGCUGGUCAUUUCAGUUCUUCAUUGUGUUGCAGAGCUUCUCUCCAUAGACUUAGUAAUUGGUAUUAGGCAGCCGCUCCAAAAAAUUGAGGAUUGUGACUCAGAAGAUGACACUUGAAAUCAUUAAUAAAGAAUGAUUUUUAUCUGUGUUGUGUCCUUGUGUCUUAUUGUCAAAUGGACACCCUCAAAAGUCUGUGCUAGAGACUAAAAGAUGCUUCUUCUCUUAGAUGAUAAAGGCUAACCAGCUGAGACUGUGGAAAACUGGGUUGUGAAUAUGAGUUUGACAUUUUGAGUGUGGGGAAGUGUAGCUGAUUUCCACUGCAGAAGAUGUGCAGUGCAGUCUCCAUCCACAUGCUGAGGAUCCUGUGUACAUUCAAACCAUGGGUCAGUUUUGCCUCUUUUUUCACAAGCUAGAUGUAAUUUGUUUUCUUGGCAUAUUAAAGGUUGCCAGUAUGACACAAGCUACUGAAUUUUCAAGUUACAAACCGAGAGGUGGAUUUUGUAGCCUUCAUAAUUAACCAGAUUAAAUGUUUUUGGUUUUUUUUUUUUAAUAAAAUACUUUGUAUACAUCAUGAUUUUGACUAUAAAGGGGAAAAUAAAACUUGUUAGCCUGUUCAGCACUAGGGCAGGCAGCAGUAAACCCCUGUAGUGUAUCCCAAUGAAGAAUUUUCUGAUAGGAGAUGCAGCAUUUUUAUCUUCCAUUGCGUUCAUUUCAGUUGAACUAGAAGAGUUAAGAAUUAUUUCAUACCAUGACUUUAUGGCAGUUUCUCUGGAAAAUUAGUUUAUAUGACAUUGCUUAGUACAACUCUGAAUUUUAACUACAGUGGGUGGAGUUGUGGUCCUAGUAUAAAAGGCUGUGUACUUACGGGAAAAGUUUACUCAGGCACUAAAGCAGUUCUGUUUUUCAAACAGAAAAGAAACAGUUCAGUCUGAUCGUUAGGGAUUUUAUUCUGGGUUUGUUUUUUAGUUGGUUCUGUUUUUUCCUAGUUCUUUUUUCCCCAGAAUUUUCACCGUAAUAAUAUUUUCUUUAAGUGCAGUAGUACCUGCAUGUGUACCUCCCUUUCUGCUGGGUCCUAAAAACUACAGGUUUGAUGGAGGAGGUUUUUGAGUAACUUGACCAGCUGCAGCUGAUAAUGGUAUCAAAUUGGUUCUCUCUGCAUUUCCCAGUGUUGCAUAAUACUGAGAGUAAUGGCUUUUUUUUUAAUCUACCAUCAAAUAAAAUUUAGUGGGGCUGUUCAAAACCAUAGGCAUAAAUCAUAUUUACCUGCUAUACCCGAGAUGAUUACAACUAGAAAAGAGAUUUUUCCCCUCCAUUAAUUUAGGCUUUUCCUUUUUCAGUUUUUUCAGAAGACUCAAACCACCAAAGCUCUUUCAGGUGUUUUGUCAGCAGUGUUUCAUUUGACUGCAAUUUUCUGUUGACAUUUUACAUAUAUUCCUGGUAAUAUAAAACAUGGUAAUAAUUUUUUUCCUGACGAAUACACUCUUACAGAGAUCUACAGAUGAAUAAUAGUGAAAUUCAGGGCUCACUAGAGUGACUUUUUUACUAAAGAACUAAGGGCAGUAAUUGGUUUUGUUAGAAUCUUUUGGCAGGUGUGAGGGCAGGAGAGAAUUAAACAGGAAAGAGAAUCCCAUUGUUGCUGCCAUGUGCUCUUGGAAGCUGCUUAAUAUGACAGGUUUAGUAUGAGCCUAGAGAAAUCUCUGUUGUGGAAGGUUCCAGAGCUGUGUGCCCUGUUCUGCCUGGACGGCAUUGGGAGCUCCCACCAGCCCUGGCACUUCAGCAGCCACUUGGGUCUGCAUUUUACUGCUGUAAUGAGCUGAUGAGACAGUUUUGCUCUUGCACAAAUUUCUGCAAUACUUUCUUAAAACCACUGACCAACUUGCUGGCCAGAGAGGAGUGAUUUGCUCUGUGGUAGUCUAACAACUGUGCUAUAGAACAUGUGAAGCCUGGCAGCAGCGGGGGUUCUCUGCAGAAGCAGCUUUUGUAUUCCAAAUCAAGGUGCUGUCUAAAUAAAGAGAGUACUGUGUCAUUUCACAUUACUUUAUACCAUUUGCACAUCUGAUUACUUUCAGAUUUACUGCAGUUUCUUUGAAAGGUUAAAAAUAUUUUGUUACAUGAACAGCCUUCUGGUCAUUUGAUUUAAAUUGUGUCAUUCUUACUGGGAAAAAGAAAUUGCAGAAACUUUAUCAUAUAUAGAACUUUUACUUUUGCAUGCCAGAGAUAUAAAGGAGAAUUAAAAAAUGACAAUUAUAUAAAACUUUUUUCUGACCUGUUUUUGGUGAAACCUCGAGUCUGAAGAUUCAUUGAGGCAGGAACUAUAUUUCUAUGACUUCUCUGCCCUUUUACAUUUUAAGAAUUAUCUGUUAUCUUGAACCACCGUUUCCCUGUUCUGUCUGCAGAACUGGGAUCAUGGCAGGCUUUUCCCUUGGGGAGGAAUGUCCCUUCAUUCUUUGUCCUGGUUUGCAGAAGUGCAUGCUUGCUCAGGAUUUGGCUGUUUGGUUCCAGUCCUGGAGUCUAAGCUCAUUAAAGAUGUUCACCAGCUCAAGGGGGGAAAAAAGGCAUUAACUUAGUCUUUGGAGAGAAGAACAGAUUUACUGCUGGAUUCAGCCCUUCCUUAUCCUUAGGAGUCUUCUUCAGUAAUUAGCCUGGAUGUAAACAUGAUCUAUCUUAGAAAAUAUUUUGGGUUCACAGCUAUCCCAUCUACCCUUUAAGAGAAAGGCUGCUUGUAGCCCUGAGAAGCAGCUCAGUCUGUCUUCUGGGCUCUGGCUUGAGUACUGUCACUGCCAUUUCUGCUCUUCUGGUGUUUCUGACCUGCUUCAGCAGCAGCCCCACAUUGCAGAGACUGCUUGGGCUGUUAAUGUUCCUUGGUGCCUAAGUUUUAGGUAUGCAAUAGCUCAUGACAUCUCACAGCUAUCCCGAUUUUUCAAGCUGUCCCUAGCUGUGGCUUGCCCUUUGGCAGGGGGACAAGUGAUCUCUUGACACAGUGACAGGGACCAAAGAGGUUACCUGGGACAGCUUAGGACAACAUGUUUACUCACCCAGUGUGUUGGGGCAUUCACUGGGGUUGUAAGAGCCUAUGGCUUUUUCUUCAUGCACUGUUUCACAGAGAUUAUUUCUAUUUUUCACCAUUAUUCUAUUAUUUUUAUAUUUCUAAAUAUGGGUUGGCCUCCAUGCAAACUGGAAGCUAGGUGCACAUGGACAUGUGUUUCAACUCCGAUCCAGUCUUGAAAUACGACAUAAAGUUCCGGGAUACUGAUGCUAAUAGUGAUGCCUUAAGUUCUAGCUUUCAUAUUUUUCAGAUUCUGUACUGCCUUAGUGUGUAACUGUGAACUUCAUAUAAAGUGUUACCAAGUUCUCUUCACAGUUUAGUUAGACAAAACAAUCCUUUUUUAGCCUGAGACCCAAGGACACCGUUGCAGCUUCAGGCCCAAAAGUUAUAAACAACAGUGAAUUGAGAAGAGCAGUCUGGGAGGAUGGGACUUCCUAACCUGUAGCUGUAAUUGGACAUUUAACCCCAAUAUGCUAAUGGACCAAAACUUAUAAAAGUGUAAAAUUCGUGACUGGAUGUCCAUCUUGCAUCCAUCUUGGGGAGAGACACAGCUGGGCUCUUGUACCAGCCAAGGUUCAUCCUUUGAAGGCCUUUUAAUAAAUACCUACUUUAUUCCUUUAACUCGGUCUAGCCUCUCUUCCAGGUAGCCUCUCUAGGCAUCAACAGCCUAAGAUUAAAAGAAUGGCUUUUAGAACAUCUUGAUGUUUAACUCUCCUUUCUGCAGCACUUAGCAAACUUAGAGUCUGCCCCACAUGAAAUUCAUCAGAAUAUUUUGAAGGCAUUCACCUCACCCACAAGGACUUGUAGGUAUAUUUGAAGUGAAGUAAUCCUAUUUGUUAGGCAGCAGAUUCAUAUAUACAGGCAGAUAGUUUCUCUUUUUUCUUACAUUUUAAAAACCCUGGUUUAAAUAUAUGUGUCUAGUAACAUGCAGUGAGACUAGGUUGAAACUGCCUCCUGCAUGCAGUUCUUGAGAAUAGGAAUAAUCUAUUUACAUGACAGGAACACACUGGUUUUUAUUUGUUGGUUUGAGUGAGGGUCAAGUCUGAACAGAGGUUUGCAGGGGCUGGGACCACACUGAGGCAGGCACUGUUCCUGAGCUCUCCUGGAGCUGCUGUCCCCACUGCCGACCCCGCCAGCUCCUUACUGCUCAGCACCUUCCCUGGCCGUGCUCGCUGCUCUCCCUGGUUACCAAACAGGUAUGGCUCAACCUCUGUAGUGGAAGUUAUGCAACCUGAGAGUGGCCUUACAUUUUCAUCCAUGCUUAGCUGACCUUCAGCAUUUUUGGCAGCUAUACAGAGAGCAUCAUUAAAUAGGAACCAGACACAACAAAGAACAUUGUUAUGUUGUGCCACAAAUCUCACGCUGCUGAAUCACAUUUGUAAGAGGGGAUAGGAGAAUGCAACAUUUUGUUUAGGAACAUAGUGGCAUAUUUUAUAUUUUUCUGUAUAUUUUUUAUGCAUAAAAAUUAUAUUGUUUCUGUUGCUAUCUCUAGAAGUCAUCUUCCAGAGCCCAAAGGUAGGGGAUUAAUAACGCCGUGUGAGAAGAUUAAGGAAGAUUAAAUUCUUCACUUGCAUAUGUCUCCUGGACUUCACUAGAAUUGUAUUCAUCUGUUCUAAAUGUCCUUUUUGUUACAUGACAUAUCUGCUAUCAGUGGUAGAAACUUUUGAUUUCAUUGCUGAAUUAUUUCUUUACUUGUUUAGGUUAAUCUAUCCUCUUGCAUUAUUUUUUUAGUCAGGUUCUUUUAAAUCUUAUGUUAAGAGAGAGAAACUUUCAAUGUUCAGUUGCAAAAUUCUGUUCAGUU